AUGGCAGCGGAUAUGCGUUCUCCCCCCGCCUUUGUGGAUGUGAUUCCCGCCGCGGACCGCGCACAUCUCCUCAGCCUCCCUGCCGUCGCGGCACAGGAAUGGGCGAUCGCUCGAGCGGACGAAUACCAGAAGGUUAUUUCCGCCCUUCGCUCUUUCCACAACAGCCUCGCACCCAUCCAUCUCGUCCUUCCUCCCGAAAUGCUUUCCGAAGUGCUUUCUCAUUGCUGGCAAGGUCGACGCAGCCUCGGGCUGAUGCUCGUCUGUCGGUAUUGGCACUCUGUCAUACUCAAGACUUCGGGCUUUUGGGCAGACGCUGCGGGCGACGAGUCUCUUAUUGACGUCAAUGCGUCGACGACCGAUCAGGAGAUGGCGACUAUCAAAACCGUCCUCAAACGCGCGAGCUCAAGGCCGCUGCAUCUCAUAAUCAAAGGGCUCAACAGAACCGUCGUGUCCGCGCUUCAAGCCACGCAGCUCGUCCAACUCGAAGUGAGCUUCCGGCACCCGUCACAGCUUGACCUCCUGCGCGAUACUUUGCAGUCCCCUGGAUAUCCCCAUCUGGAAGCUCUGGGAGUUGUUGUCCCCCUCUACAGGAGGUAUUUCACGGAUGGUUUCUUCACCGGGGCCUGGUCUCCGGAGUACGCCGAGUCGUUCAGAGCUCGAUGCGCCGACCCGCAACGAGCAGCCGCGUUUAACACCCCACGCCUCCAUACCCUCCAUGUUCCCAUCAGCAUCUUCCAGGGGUUUACCUUCCCCGCGUUGCGCACCGCACACCUUACUAGCCCCGUAUUUCCGUCCCACCACACUCGGGAUCUCAUCGCGGGGCUUCGCAAAUGCCCGGAUCUGGUCAACCUCUCGCUCUUGAUGAACCAGCCCAUGAAGCCCCUCGAAGACACCGCACGCGAGGAACCGGUCCACCUUCCAUCGCUGCAAUCACUCGCCAUCUCGGACGAGUUCCGCAACAUCGUCGCGCGACUCGACUUGCUCUCGUUCCCUGCCAGCGCAUCCGUCCGGCUCUCGGUCGCGCGGUCGGUGCAGGACACGGAGUUCGACCCUUCCGCGCUCACCACCCCCGGCGGCGGCACCGUCGCCCCCCUCCUCAGCUCCCUUGACACCGUGCAUCUGAGCGACUGGCGGGAGGCCGGGUCGUCUUCGGGCAUGACCGUCGUCGGCUGCACGGGCGACACCGAGCGCUUCGAGCUCAAAUGGCAGCCGCGGGUCCACUGGCUCGAGCCCAAGUCCUGUGCGCUGAGCGCCGCUGUCCGCGCGCACGCCGGGGCCGUCACGCACCUCUCCGUGCACAUGUCCUUCGCGCGCAGCCAGACGACUCACUAUCCCGGCGCCGACUCUCCCCAGUCGGACGACGGCGAGGGCGAGGGAGAGGGCAGCGACGACAGCUCGCACUACGGCCGCGCCGGGACCGUUCAAAAUCACCCCACGGGCGCGGACCGGGGAUGGGACUGGGGCUGCGACGACGGGCGCGUGGCGGACACCGGCGGCCUCCUCCGCGCGUUCCCCCGUCUCGUCGCGCUCGACGUCGCGGGCCCGUGCGCCGAGGCCGUGCUCGACGGCCUCGCGUGCCCCGACGAGCACUACCCCCACCUCGACCCCGACCCCGCGGCGCCGGUCGUGUGCGGCCGCCUGCGCACGCUCCGGGUCGCCUUCCCCCCAUCGUCCGUGUGGCGCCCGAGUGGGAGUGGGAGUGGGAGUGAGACGGGGAGCGGGACGGGGCCGGCGGCGGUGGCGGCGCUCGGAAUGCGGCAGGUGCGCGCGGUGCGCGCGGCGGCGGGCGGGCGGAUCGCGCUGCUCGCGCGGACGCUCGCGGCGCGGGAGGCGCACGGCGCGGUGCGGCUCGAGCGGUUGGAGUGGGGCGAGGGGGUGUGGGACGAGGGGAUGAGGACGACAUCGACGGGGUCGCGGGCGGCCAGGGGGAACGCGGUGUAUGUGCCUGAUCUGUCGGAGUUUGGGUCGUCGCGGCUGGGGGAAUUGGUGGAUGGUCCUGUCGUGUACUUGGGCAUGCCCUGCAACGUGCCAGAGAGGACUGUGUAG